AUGGUUCGCAUCUUCUUGUUUUCUGCAGAAGAACUGGAAUGCCCUGUCUACUUCGAUGGGACGAUGUGCUGGCCUGCUACUGCAGUCAACAUCACAGCCUACCUGCGAUGCCCCAAUAUAUUCCCACAAUUCGACACAUCAAAAUUUGUCGAAAUGUACUGCACCAUGGAUGGUAUCUGGGGACCGGUGAACUAUGACCCCUGCCUCCAGAAAAUUGUUGAUCAACCUCCUAAAACCAAUGCAACGGAUGAACAGAUUCAAUUUCAUCGAGACGUCCUCCAGGGAGCCAAGACCAUGGAGAUAGUUGGUCUUUUCCUCUCCUUCUGUAGCCUCGUCUUCGCCCUCUUUAUCUUCAGCUGUUUUAGGAGUUUGCAGUGCCACCGGACUAAGAUCCACAAGCACCUGUUUGCAGCUUACAUUGCCCGCCUGACGAUCGAGAUCAUCCUGGGGGUGAACCGGUUCUACACGGUGACCCAGGCUGAAGUGGGCUAUGCGGAAACCUUCAUCUCAAGAACCCUGCCGUUGUGUGUUACUCUCGAGGUCUUCCGAGAAUACACGAGACUUUGCACUUUUGCCUGGAUGUUCAUUGAGGGCAUGUACCUCAACAGUUUGCUGUCGUCAGCUGUCUUCGGCAAACCCAAAUUCAUUGCCUUUUACAUCGUUGGCUGGGUAAUCAGUGCACCACUGAUAAUCUCCUGGGCCGUUGCGAUGCAUUUUACUCUGGGUUCCGAUAAGAACUGCUGGUUUGGUAAUAUCAACACGGUGUACUAUUGGGUGUUUAUCGAGAUACCACGCAACGCCUUACUCACGAUGAAUUUGUUGUUCCUCAUCAAUAUACUGAGAGUCUUGGUUACUAAGCUGAGGGAGAGUAACACGAGCGAGACGAAGCAAGUCAGGAAAGCCAUCAAAGCCACCUUUGUGCUCCUCCCACUUCUGGGCGUGGCUAACCUAGUCUGGCUAAUCCCUGAACCCGGAACCUUGGACAGUCCCGGCUGGAUAGUCGUCUAUAACUACGGUCUAUUGUUCCUGGAUGCCUACCAGGGAUUCUUUGUGGCCGUUCUGUAUUGCUUCAUGAAUGCUGAGGUGCGCAGUGUGCUACGGCGCAAGUAUUCAACAUGGCGGACCUACCACAACCCCAAUCGAGGACAUAACAUGGUAGUUACCACGGCUACGGACAUCCGCUUAACAGUUAUGGAUGAUGGGCAUUGCCAGUCAGAAACGUGACUCGGAAGCAACACAUCAAAUGGCCGUCUGUAAAGUUCUGUCUCCCAACGCGUCAUGUGAUUAUUUUGCAGUCUAAUCUGAUGUAGCUCUAGCGAUGACGAGUAUUUUAUAUUUCAACAUUUUUGUAGAACUAUAUCUUCAGGUGUUGUAGUGUAAAUAGUGUAUUUAAAUUCCUCAAUUUGUAAUAAAUGUAUGCAGAUUUUGAAAGUCGAUGGAAUGGUUGAGAUUAGCUUGCACAUUGUUGUGACGAAUGUUACCGACCCGUAUUGAGGCGCUAUAGUUGCGUUCUCACGCUUUCGGUGAUUAGGAACGUGAUCUUAAUAUUACAAAUAUAUAAAUAAAUAACGAGAUAACUAAAUAAAUAUAGGAUACCAUUUUGUAACACUUUAAUCGUCGUGUCUCAUUCGAUACUUUUUAGAAUGGAGACUAAACUUUAAACGAUAAAUAGCACGACUUACGUUAAGACGGAUUUUACAUAUGUAGUGAAAAAAAACCAAAUUCUUUUGGUUUGUUUCAAUAAACACUUCGGUUUGUAGCACGUGUACAUUUCCGACAGAUUUUCUAUUCGUAGAAAUAAUGCGUGUAAACUAUCCUUAUUACAAGGGACACGAAAUUCAAUGAAAGCUUUAACUGAAUGUCGGGAUUGAUGACAAAAACAAUAUAUUUGGUUGUACUUUAGUUGAUAGGUUUCAACAUAAUGUAAAAUAUUUAUAGAGAUUUUUUGGAAAAUUUUAUUUAGUGAAGAAAAGAUGUACAAAAAAAUGAUAACACAUUGUCGAUAUUUUCCAUCAAAGUAUGGAUAGAUAUAGAUGGAUGUUCAGCAUCUAAAUAUAAAUGGGGAGUUGAAAACAAAAUCCAACUGCUCGGUGUAGAGCUAGAAAAUUUUUACAGGGAAGGUGCAAACCAGUUGUAUGGAUGGCAUCCGAUGAAUAGCUCAAUUUAUUAAGGUCGAAGUUGUGAGGGGGCGGGGUCAUAGCAAGUGACCCCGCCUUUGAUACGUCAUUGGCUGUUGGUUGGAGGUAGUUGACGUAUGUAUAAUAAUUAUGCUAAUCUUUGAAUCCUGUUUUAUUGCCAGUGUUAUAGGCAGUCGACUGUGACUUUUGUAAUGCUGCUCGUCAGAGUGUAAAUAUGUAAAUUAUUUCCUUGUGUAUGACUUUGUUUCAACAAUAAUACCAUGUGUCUUAACCUAUAACAAAAUACCUACCCAAUUAAGUUAAGAUAAAACACUGACAAUUCGUGAAUGCAGGUUAAAAAAAGGGCAUGUUACGUCAACCAAAAGAAAGGGGCGGACACACGCCUCCAUGACCGAUGUCGUCCGUCCCUGCUUUGUCCGCCCAUUUCAGAAUAAAUAUGAAUAUUAAUGAGUGUAUUGUUCACUGACAUUGUUCAGUGGCGUAGCAUGGUCGUUUUGAUAAGUGAAAAAAGGCCGCUCGUGUUAAAAAUGGACACUCGUAAAAAACAGGCAUUCGGGAAAAAAAUGGCACUGUUAAAAAUAUAUUAAACAUAUAAGGGGUGUCUGUGUGGGGGGGGGGAUACCUUUUUAGACUAUAAAGACUAUAAAGAGUUGAGAAUCCUGCUUGACAUGUCUAAUUAGGAACAUGUUCCACUGGAUGGCCCGGGGAUAUCAAAUGUGUAAGGCUGUAGCAACGACUAGUUAACUCUUGGGUAAAUGUCUGACUAGUUUAGGAGUAAUCAUCAAUUAAAUAAGAACAAAAAAAA